AUGCUCUUUCCCAUCCCCCCCGCUGAGACCGUCGUCUCACCCGUGGGCCCGGUCCGUCCGAGCGGACGGGACGACUUCGCCACGCUCAGAGCUGGUCUCGAGAGCUGCUGGUCGGCGGGCUUCACGGCGGAGUUGUGCUGCGACGUGCCGACCUAUGGUGAAGAAGGGAAUCCCAGCUGUUGGGAUGGAGAGUUCAACUUCCAGCGCUGUUGUUCCGGCGCUGCUCUGCCGACUGCCACGGCUGAAGACGCCGUCCGGGUGGAGGUGGAGCAGUUUGCGGCGCCGGCAUUGGGGCAUCCACCAGAGGAGCUGAGCGUGGGGCUCUUUCCCACCUACGAGCCGGGCAAGGACUGCUGGACAGGCAGUGCUGCCACCUAUGCCCGCUGCUGCGACUUGAGGAUUAGCCCCAUGGGCGAUAUCUUCAACUGCUGGGACAACAAUCGCUUCACCUUUGAACGCUGCUGCUUCUUGGGCGAGGCGGCCCCGGGGCAAAGUCCCCCGAAGCCGCUGCUGCGCCCCGCGCUGCUGCGUGCCGACCAGGCGAAGCCUGCUGAGGCCGCGGCGCUGCGGCCGGCAGGCCGAGAAUGCUGGGUUCAGGGCUUUACCUAUGCCGCCUGUUGCCUGGGCGGCCUGGGCACUUGCUGGGACGAACACUUCACGCGAGAGGCCUGCUGUGAUGGCCUCCCCCAACUCCCCGAGGUGGGAGCCACCGUGAAGUCGUCAGACCCCUCGGUGGAUUGCCUCCAAAUGGCCCAGCUGGCGGUCUUGGAUCUGGAGCAGACGCCGCGGCAAUGCUCGCAGCGCUACUGGUACCUGGCGAGCAUGGGCGCUGGCUUGAUUGCCACGGAGCGCUUGGGGAUCCCACGCUGGUUCCCGGUGGAGCAGGUGGCGGCGGUGAAGCCCUUGCGGCCUCAGAGGAUGCACUUUGUGGGAGGCCUUUGCCUGCCGGUCAGCUGUAGCACCGAGGUCGUGGCCUCCUACCUGGCCCCUUUGGUGGUUCCCUGGUGGCGCAGCCCCCGGCGGGCGCCAUCAGCCCUCAACGCGAGCCACAUGGUUUUGCCACCACCGCUGGCGGUGAGGCACAAGGUCUACCCGCGCGAAGAGAACCAGUGGAGCUUUCAGAUGUUCACAGCUCUUCGGCCUCGCUUGGGGGAGAAGUUGGGUGAUUUGGAGCGUUGGGACUUCGCCAUCCUCCUGUAUGAUCCACUGCCCAGAUUUGGGCUGUCCAGACAGCUGAUGCUGGUCCUCAGCUUCUUGGUGAUCAUGGUCUUUUUCUACCUCGCACCCAGGGAGAUUGAUGCAGAGAGCUCCUUUCUCUCUCCGCACUUCCAUUGGGUGCGCUUGGGCCUGUCGAGAGGACCGAAGCACCUGGAAGUCACCCGCCUGCUGCUCACUCUGGUGGUGCUCUACAUCCAUGUCAUCGACCAUGGCCCCUGGCUGCCGGUUCCCCACCGAAGCUUUGGAGCGUCGUUGAUGCUCUUCCGCAGCUGCCUUAGCCGGGUGAACAUUGGCUUCGUGGUCUUGAUGGUUCAUCUGAGCAUCAGUCGCCGCUCCCUGAAGCAGGCGCCCUCUGCUUGGUCUUGGAUGAAGGGCGUGGCCUAUCAUGCCUUAAAGAGAUGGUUCGUGAUCAGCCCAGUGGUGACCUUUUGGACCUUCGUCUUUAUCCACGCACCCUUCGACGGAGUGCCGAUGAACAACAUCUUGAAGUCCAAUCCGCUCUACCUUUGGUAUGGGGAACGGAGAGAUCACUGCGUUCGGGCCUCCCAGAUGGUCGAACCACGACGUGCCGGAUCUGUACGGGAUCUGUGGAGAAUUCGUGGACCGGCAGGUUUUCUGGCGCAUUCGGCUGGAACCGGGGCAGCGGGGUCGCUGGUACAUCAAGGGUCUACAUUGUAUGGAAUAUUGUUGGACGGGGUGGCUGAAAUGGCCUUCAUCUCUGAUCCACCGAAUGUGCGGCAAAGCCCUUUCGGAAUUCUGUCGCCGCAUAUGGAAAUUGACAAAGACUAUUAA